AUGCCAAAUAAACGUAAGAAAAAUACUUUGUCUUUGGAAACCAAAGUGCAGAUCUUGGAAAAGCUUGACCAAGGUAUUCAAGGGAAGCGGUUAGCCCUAGAAUUUGAUGUGGCGCCAUCUGCAAUCACCUAUAUCAAAUCUAUGAAAUCAUCAAUUUUAAGCGCUGUUUCUAAUACCUAUCAUAAGGCUAACAAAAAAUCAUUGCAUAUCGCUGAAUAUCCAAAAAUGGAAGCAAGUCUUUAUGAGUGGUUUUUAAAUAAACGCGAAAAAAAGUGUACAUUAACUGGGCCAAUACUAAAGGAGAAAGCCACACAAAUAUUCAAAGUGGAAUAUCCCGAUAAAGAUGAAAGUACAUUUAGCGCAAGUGAUGGAUGGUUUAGCAAAUUUAUAAAACGACACGGAAUACGUUUUUUAAAAAUUUGUGGCGAGAUUCUUUCUAGUGAUGUUGCUUCAGUCACCCCGUUUAUUCACAGAUUUCGUGCAAAAGUCGAUGAGAUGGGGCUAAAGGAGUCACAAAUAUAUAAUGUAGAUGAAACCGGAUUAUUUUACCGUUGUUUACCUGACAAAACAUACUUCUCUCUUUUCGAGAAAACCGCCCCCGGGUAUAAAAUCCAGAAGGAACGAAUUUCAGUGUUACUUGGUGUAAAUGCUGAUGGAUCACAUAAAUUAAUGCCAUUAGUAAUUGGAAAAGCAAAAAAACCAAGAAGUUUCCAAGGAUUCAAUAAUCCACUCCAUUACAACUUUUCAAAAAAUGCUUGGAUGACAUCUCAGAUUUUUCAUGAUUGGUUUCACAAGAUAUUUAUUCAUGAGGUGAUUCGUUUCUCUCAGGAAAAUAAUUUGCCUCCGAAGGCAAUUUUGCUAAUUGACAACUGCUCUGCUCAUGCACCAAUUGAGAAACUUCAAAGCGACGAUGGAAAUAUAAUUGCAUUUUUCGUUCGACCAAAUGUGACAGCAACUUUACAACCAAUGGAUCAGAAUCCUAUUAAGUUAACCAAGCUAAACUAG